AAGGAACUGCAGGCGACAACAUCCUAGGGCCCAGUUAUCAUCCUCAUUGCGAGUAAAUACUCGUGCGGCGCCAUCAUUAUCCUGACAUCAGGGGAACUCCACCACGCUGCCUUCCCAAGGCUCGCUCUUGCAGAUCUGGAGAAGCUUAAAGAUGACUUCGUUAGGGCGACAUGCCACGCGGCUGGUAUUCGCCCAGAGGAGCCGUGGAAGGAUUUGCGACAUGACCUGAAAUUGCGGCACCGGUCUCGAAUAUGAUUGUGCCCGAUGGCAGCCUUCACUAGUAUCCCUCUCCAUGCAACUCACCCUUUUUGGGUGAAGGCAGAUUGCUCUGGGCCGGAGGUUUGUCUGGAGUAUAACUACAUCUGCUCUUACACGCCGGCACUUUCAGCUCCAAUGAGAGCUAGACAGUUGAUGAAGAUGCGCGUGGCUCCAACUUUCAUAGCCAUCGGACAAAGUCUUUCGGGAGCAGGGCAGGGUCUGACAGGGUACGGUGUUCGCCACUGUUGACAGCGAGCUUGAGCUUGUCCAUAAACAUACUCCCUCCGAUGUCAAGUUUACUAAUCUUUCUGGCGAUGAAGCCACACAGGCAGGUGCACUCAAAACUUUGCGAUGCAACAUCUGGGUACAUCUCGCUUGUCAUGGCAAACAAGACCAUGACCAGUCUUGCGAUUUACGUUUCACCGUGAGACAGACCCCUUACACUGCUUGACAUCAUGGAGAACAAUGCUCCGCAAGCUGAGUUCGCAUUCUUAUCGGCGUGUCAUACUGUCGCUAGUGAUAAGGAGACGCGCGACGAAGUUAUUCACUCUGCAGCUGGUCUACAGUUGUCAGGGUUAAGAGCGUCUUGGCACGCUGUGGGCGGUCGACGACGCUGUCGCAAACCUCGUCGUCAAAGCUUUCUAUGAGGAUAUGUUCAAGGAU